AUGUCAUUUUGGAAGGCCCCGCCACCACCACCAACUCCGUUGGGCCGGUAUCGAGUCCUCUCUCCCCUAGCGGCAGUUCGCGUUUCGCCUCUUCAGCUCGGUGCGGCAAGUAUUGGGGACAAAUGGGUAGAUAUAGGCAUGGGAGCGAUGGAUAAAGAGGCAUCGUUCAAGCUUCUUGAUGCUUACUUCGAUGCGGGUGGUAAUUUUAUUGAUACAGCCAAUGCAUAUCAGGAGGAAACGUCCGAAAUGUUCAUUGGAGAAUGGACAGAAAGGCGCGGUAUUCGCGACCAGCUUGUGAUUGCGACAAAGUACACAGUAAAUUUCAAACGUUCAGCAACUGACAUCGCUAUUAAAGCGAACUACGUUGGAAAUAAUGCGAAAUCACUCAAGAUAAGCGUGGAAGCUAGCCUCAAGAAAUUACGUACUUCGUACAUCGAUAUCCUGUACGUACAUUGGUGGGACUUCAAUACAUCUAUCCGGGAGGUUAUGGACAGUCUGCAUCACCUCGUUGUUGCUGGGAAGGUUCUUUAUUUGGGGGUAUCAGAUACCCCUGCAUGGGUGGUCUCGGCGGCCAAUGAAUAUGCGAAAAGCCAUGGAAAGUCGCCUUUUGUUAUUUACCAGGGAUCGUGGAAUGUUAUGGACCGCAGCUUCGAGCGUGAGAUCAUACCGAUGGCGCGUGCGAAUGGUUUAGCACUUGCGCCGUGGAAUGUCUUAGCAGCAGGACGCCUACGUACCGAUGCGGAAGAGAAACGACGACUAGCGUCAGGAGAAAAGGGGCGCCUUUUCUUCCAGUCAGGUUGGAUGCGUAAUGAAAACGAGAAGAAAAUGAGUACUGCGCUGGAGAAAGUCGCAAAGGAGGUUGGUACGGAACACAUCAGCGCUGUUGCUAUCGCGUAUGUCAUGCAGAAAACGUCAUACGUAUUUCCUGUCAUUGGUGGCCGUAAAAUCGAACAACUCAUGGCGAACAUCGAGGCACUCCAGAUCUCUCUUUCCGACGAGCAGAUUGAGUACCUUGAGAGUAUUAUUCCGUUCGAUCCGGGCUUCCCUACUGCACUGAUCGGUGAUGGAGCUUCGAAUGGGCCCAGCCGUCUCUUGGAUACUGCUGCACACUGGGAUCGUUGGCCGCUCCCCAAAGCAAUCAAAGCUACCCCAAAGCUCUGA